AACCAGCCGAUUUUCACUACGAUAUGCUCAUGCUACCUACUUCCGAUUCCAAUUCCGUAUAUAAAUCUGCCUAGGUAUAGGUUAGGUAUCUAUAAAUCGUAAGGGGCAAAUCUUGUUGGUUUAUUUAGAUCUUAUAGACGAUAAUGGCUUCUCAAUUCCCUACUAAGAAAUGCGGUGUGCUGGGAUGCACCGGCUCCGUGGGCCAGAGGUUCAUCCUGCUCUUAUCCCAACACCCACACUUCGUCCUCCACGCCGUGGGAGCAUCGUCUAGAUCCGCCGGCAAGAAGUACAAGGACGCCGUGAGAUGGAAGCAAGCCUCGCCCAUAGGCGCCGUAGGCGAGCUGGUCGUCCGCGAGUGCAAGGCCAGCGAGUUCGCCGACUGCGACGUCGUCUUCAGCGGUCUGGACUCGGACGUCGCUGGUGAAAUCGAGAUGGAAUUCCUCAAGGCGAACCUAGCCGUCUUCUCUAACGCGAAGAACUACCGUCGGGACCCCCUCGUGCCCCUCGUGGUCCCCACCGUCAACCUGCCACACCUCGACCUGAUCCCGCACCAACGGAAGCACCACGGCCUGGAGAAGGGGUUCCUGGUGUGCAACUCGAACUGCGCGGUGAUCGGGCUGGUGAUCCCGUUCGCGGCGCUGCAAGCGCGCUUCGGACCCGUGGACACAGUCAGCGUGGUGACGAUGCAGGCGGUCUCGGGCGCGGGGUACCCGGGGGUCAGCAGCAUGGACAUCAUGGACAACGUGGUGCCGUUCAUCGCGGGGGAGGAGGACAAGCUGGAGACGGAGGCGCGGAAGAUCCUGGGGUCCAUCAACGGCGACGCCACCGCCUUCGUCGAGCAGGAGCAGCUGCGCGUCUCCGCCGCCUGCAACCGCGUCCCCGUCCUCGACGGCCACACCGCCUGCGUCUCCCUGCGCUUCAAGAACCGGCCCGCCCCUAGCGCCGACGACGUCCGCGCCGCCCUCAGGGACUACGUCAGCGACGCCGAGAAGCUCGGCUGCCCGAGCGCCCCGCGCCCCAGCAUCCAGGUCUUCGACGAGCCGGACCGCCCGCAGCCGAGGCUCGACCGCGACUUGAGCCGUGGGUACACGGUUAGCGUGGGCCGGGUGCGCGAAGAUGAGAGCGGGAUCUUCGAUAUCAAGUUUGUUGCGCUGAGCCAUAACACUGUCAUCGGAGCAGCCGGUUCCUCGAUAUUGAACGCGGAGGCGGCGGUGCUGAAGGGAUUCAUCUAGAAGGCGAGGAGGGAGAGGGCGAAGCGAGCAUCUUGACUACCUAACUAGCAUCUACGGGCGUUUUCAGGAAGGGGGGGGCAGAGGGUAGGUAGGUAAACUGGUUGGUUUAUUUUGCAUUGGGAAGAUAACAAAAAAGAAAGAAAAAAGGGGGAGGGACAAGUACUCAUUUAGGUACCUAAUCUGGGUAUUUGUUAGAAGAUAUGAGGUACUCAGAAAAGAGAAGACAAGACAAGACAGGUAUGGAAAUGUAAAAAUUUGGUAAUUCAGUAUUCACUUGUCCUGAAGUUUGAAUUCUGGUUAAAUGCCUGCCGAUCGAUAAAAGAAAAAUUAAUAAACUUGAACCUGGAACUGAGGCUGCUGUUGGUGGUCUCUAGCUUGAAAGCGUAUAACAAAAGCCUAUUAACGACUUGCAUGAGUCGCUUUACCUUGUAUCUUCUCAAUUUACAAAUAAACUUAAUAUAGAACUGCGUAACUAACAGUGACUAUACCAAAGUCUAAGUUAUACCUUCAUUAAAG